ACACACAAAGUGGAUAUGUCACCGAGCAGAAGAGAACACGCUCAGUUUUACGUGAAACUGGAGAGGAAAAGCCCUGCCGCUGUUGAUCUUGUUUUUUAAACCCCACUGCGUGCGUGUCACUGCGAGCUUUUGUCCACGCGCCACGUCUCCCAGGAUGCUGUUCGACGAGCCUCGCGCCGGUCGGAAAGUGGCAGCAGGCUGUUUGAUCAUCUUCUCCGCCUUUCACAUUGGCUUUGGUGCUGGCAGUUCAGCAGAAAGCACACAGAACCAAGAUGAUGUGCACGUCAUCCACAACAAUCAGCUGGACCUGCGGGAGAUAGUGUUCAUCAUCCAGAGUCAAAGCAACUCCUUCCAUGUGAGGCAGGCAGAAAGACGUAAAGCACAUUUACUGAAGCAGGCACAAAACCUCACAGAGACACCACCAGUGGUUUUGCUUCUUCACAGUUUAUCAGAUAAUGAAGGAGAUUGGAGUAUUCUUCCACUGCUGCCUUUCUUGUCCUACUCCUUUGGGAAAAAUUCAUCCUGGGUUGUAUUUCUCGAAGAGGAAACAAAUGUGAGGAUGGCUAAACUUGCACAGGUUCUUGCAAAGUUUGACAGGAGUAAAGAGUGGUUCCUCGGUAAGCCUCUCUACGAUGAUGAGUCCACCAUCAUCCAUCACUACGCCUUUGCAGAGAAUCCCUCCAUCUUUAAAUAUCCAGACUUUGCUGCUGCUUGGUCCUUAAGCAUCCCUCUUGUGGUUCGGCUUGCAAACAAAGUCAGAGAUGAACCUCUUAAAUCUGACUUUACAAUAGACCUGAAGCAUGAGAUUGCCUUAUACAUUUGGGAGGAAGGCAAAGGGCCACAUCUCACUGCGGUUCCUGAGCUGUGCACUCAGCCAGAGGACUCUGCUGAAGCCCAGGACUGUGCUACUACUCUGAGCAGUGAGUCUCCACUGUGUGGGAAACCUGUACGUAAAGAAGAAAUAUUUGUUGCUGUGAAAACGUGCAGAAAGUUUCAUAAUGAGAGAGUCCCAGUGAUAAAGCAAACGUGGGAGAAAGAUGCCUUAUUUUUGGAGUACUACAGUGACUAUGCUGAUCCUUCAAUACCAACAAUUAAUUUAGGAAUACCUAACACUGAACGAGGCCACUGUGGGAAAACAUUUGCAAUCCUGAAAAGAUUUCUGAGCAGUGCCACCCCAAACACUGAGUGGCUUCUUGUUGUGGAUGAUGACACACUUAUCAGCCUCCCCAGACUGCAGAUCUUGCUGAGCUGUUACAAUCCAUCUGAACUGGUGUGUCUGGGAGAGAGGUAUGGCUACGGCCUGAGCCAAGGCGGCUACAGCUACAUCACGGGAGGAGGAGGCAUGGUAUUUAGCAGGAAAGCUGUGGUUCGACUCCUCAACAGCGGCUGUAAGUGCUACAGCAAUGACGCCCCUGACGACAUGGUCCUGGGAAUGUGCCUCAAUGCUCUUGGACUUUCUGUUACACACAAUCCCCUCUUCCACCAGGCACGCCCAGAGGACUAUGCCAGGGAUUUCUUAGCUCACCAGGUGCCCAUUUCUUUUCAUAAACACUGGAACAUUGACCCCAUUGCUAUUUUCAACAAAUGGCUAAAGGAUGACUUGAGCCCAAAAGCUACAGAUGGACUUAAAAAGAGAAUCAAGAUGGAGUUGUAAUAGUACUAGCAUAUAUUAACUGGAAUACAUGUGAGUGUGUCUUUGUUGUUCUGUUGCAGAACAUAAAUCUUGUCUGGAUGUGGCCAUAAAUAAUGUAAAUGUUUUUAUACUGCUGAUGUAGAACACUCAUUAAGAGGGAACGUGCAAGCUGGUGUAUGUAUUUGAGUGUUUUCACAGCUGAUGCUAAAGAGUUACAUGAUGAAAUUUAUGUGUAUUUAAAUAGUUUUGGAUCAUUGAAACCAGCAGACAUCUUCACUGGGAGAAACGCCACACAUGUAUUGUUAUUGCUGUACAAUGUGCAUUCUUUUGAUAUAAAAUUAUCAUUACUUGUGAAA